AAGAAAAGUAGCGUCUGUUGGUACCCCUCUCUCUAGACUUCAAACCUCAGGAGAGAGAAAGCAAUUUGUUGGUGCAAUGGCAGGAGUAGCAGGUGCAGGCGCAGCCUCAACCUCAACCUCAACGCCAUCGUCGCCAGAAGAGGAGAUAACGCUGACAGUGAAGUGGAGCGGAAAGGAGUACACCGUUCGAGUAUGCGGCGACGACACGGUGGGCGAGCUGAAGCGCCGCAUCUGCCAACUCACCACCGUCUUGCCCAAACGUCAAAAGCUUCUCUACCCAAAACUCCUCCCGUCCAAGCUCGCCGACGACACCGUUUUGCUCUCCUCUCUUCCCUUCAAGCCCUCCCAAAAGAUGACCAUGAUCGGUACCAUGGAGGAUGAUAUUAUAGUGGAUCCGGUGGAGUCUCCGGAGAUUGUUGACGAUUUUGAGAUUGCCCAAGAUGAAGCUGUUGAGAUUAAAGAUAAGUAUGCCAACAAGUUGAGGAGGCGUGUCGAUCAAUAUAAGAUUGAACUUCGAAAUCCUUGCCGGGAAGGAAAGAAACUGCUUGUGCUGGAUAUUGAUUAUACUCUGUUUGAUCACCGGUCCACAGCAGAGAACCCGCUUCAACUUAUGCGGCCUUUUCUUCACGAGUUUCUUACAGCUGCUUAUGCGGAAUAUGACAUCAUGAUAUGGUCUGCAACUAGCAUGAAAUGGGUUGAAUUGAAGAUGGGUCAGCUUGGAGUGCUGAGCAAUCCCAACUACAAAAUCACAGCUCUUCUAGACCAUAUGGCAAUGAUCACAGUUCAAUGCGAGUCUCGUGGAACCUUUGAUUGCAAGCCAUUAGGCUUGAUUUGGGCUAAAUUCCCUGAGUUCUACAGUUCAAAAAACACCAUAAUGUUUGAUGAUCUGCGAAGAAACUUUGUGAUGAACCCUCAAAAUGGUUUGAUCAUCAAGCCAUUCAAGAAGGCCCAUUCUAGUCGAGACAGUGAUCAGGAGCUCUUGAAGCUCACAACAUACUUGCUUGCCAUUGCAGAACUUGAUGAUUUGAGCAACCUUGAUCACCAUAACUGGCAGUCAUUUUCUGAGGACAAUGUCAAAAGACGUCGGCAUCAAUGAUCUUUAAAGGAUUGCCGAUAUUCGCUCCAUCUCAGGGAUGAACCGAGUUUACCUGAAGCCCGUGACGGGAAUUUGUCUGCAACUGAGACUCACUAUUUCCAUAUCUGUAUAAUUUCUUCUUAAAUUUUUGCACAUAUUGUUUGUGCUUCCAGGGCUCUGUGGGGUUCUCAAGAUAUACCUAUAUAUAUCUGCGUAUAAGCAUCGAUAACGACGUUAGCGUGUUCUCUUGAACCUCGUCUCUAAAAUGGUUGCAAACAUGGAAUGAACACAGGGAUGGUACUUGGAUAUUUGUUUCUAUGCUGAUUUUCUCACGAAUUUUGUUUUUUCUAGUCUCUGAAAUCUGGUGAA